GAUGAGGCCAGUCCUUCCUCUGGGUUUUUGACAGCUCCUCUCCUCCUCUGUUUGUUUCCCCCCUUACGCAGCCUCUUGUUUCCCACAAUGCUCAGCGAACACCACCACCAAGAUGGCCGACGCUAUGGAGGAAUAUGAGAAAGAAGCUGGCUGCGUCCCUAUUCUCCAUCCCGAGGAAAUCAAACCCCAGAGUCAUUACAACCACGGCUACAGUGAGAAUGUCAGCCGUAAAAACCACGUGGACGACUACAGCACCUGGGACAUUGUCAAAGCCACACAGUACGGCAUAUUCGAGCGCUGCAGGGAGUUGGUGGAGGCGGGCUUUGACGUUCGGCAGCCAGACAAAGAAAAUGUAACCCUCCUCCACUGGGCCGCCAUCAACAACAGGAUAGACUUGGUCAAGUACUACAUAUCAAAGGGAGCCAUAGUUGACCAGCUGGGAGGAGACCUGAACUCCACACCUCUGCACUGGGCCACCAGACAAGGCCAUCUAUCCAUGGUGGUGCAGCUCAUGAAAUAUGGCGCAGACCCGUCUUUGAUCGAUGGCGAGGGCUGCAGCUGCGUCCAUCUGGCCGCCCAGUUCGGCCACACCUCCAUCGUGGCCUACCUUAUUGCCAAAGGACAGGACGUGGAUAUGAUGGAUCAGAACGGCAUGACUCCUCUGAUGUGGGCGGCUUACAGGACACACAGUGUGGAUCCCACCCGGCUGCUGCUAACCUUCAACGUCUCCGUCAACCUGGGUGACAAAUAUCACAAGAACACAGCGCUGCACUGGGCCGUGCUGGCCGGCAACACCACCGUCAUCAGCCUGCUGCUGGACGCCAACGCUAACGUUGACGCACAGAACAUCAAGGGGGAGACGCCGCUCGAUCUUGCCAAGCAAAGGAAGAACGUUUGGAUGAUCAAUCACUUACAGGAAGCGCGGCAGGCCAAAGGCUAUGACAGCCCGUCCUACCUGAAGAGACUGAAGAUGGACAAGGAGUUUAGGCAGAAGGUGAUGCUGGGAACGCCCUUCGUGGUCAUCUGGCUUGUUGGUUUCAUCGCUGACCUGGAUAUCGACUCGUGGCUGAUCAAGGGCAUCAUGUAUGCCGGCGUCUGGGUCGCCGUGCAGUUCCUCUCCAAGGCUUUCUUCGACCACUCCAUGCACAGCGCUCUCCCUCUGGGAAUCUACCUGGCCACCAAGUUCUGGAUGUACACCACCUGGUUCUACUGGUUCUGGAAUGAUCUGCCUUUCGCCACUGUCCACGUGCCCUUCCUGAUAAACACCCUGGCUCUAUUCUACAACUUUGGAAAAUCUUGGAAGUCUGACCCAGGAAUCAUAAAAGCAUCAGAGGAGCAGAAGAAAAAGACGAUUGUGGAGCUGGCAGAGACGGGCAGCCUGGAUCUGAGCAUAUUCUGCAGCACCUGUUUGAUACGGAAGCCCAUCAGGUCCAAACACUGCGCCGUUUGCAACCGCUGCAUCGCCAAGUUCGACCACCACUGUCCCUGGGUGGGGAACUGUGUCGGAAGUGGGAAUCACCGCUACUUCAUGGGUUAUCUGUUCUUCCUGCUUUGCAUGAUCUGCUGGAUGAUGUACGGCUGCAUCUCCUACUGGAGGAUCCACUGUACCACCAGUUACUCCAAGGAUGGUUUCUGGCUCUAUCUGACCCAGAUCGCCUCCUGCUCCCCUUGGAUGUUCUGGAUGUUCCUCAACAGCGUCUUCCACUUCAUGUGGGUGGCCGUGCUCAUCAUGUGUCAGCUCUACCAGAUUGCCGCUCUAGGAAUCACCACCAACGAGAGGAUGAACGCUCGGAGAUACAAGCACUUUAAAGUCACAGCCACGUCCAUCGAAAGCCCAUUCAACCACGGCUGCGUCCGAAACCUCAUAGAUUUCUUCGAGAUCCGCUGCUGUGGUCUGAUCCGGCCCGUGACGGUGGACUGGACCACGCAGUACACAAUAGAGUACGACCAGACGUCUGGCUCGGGGUACCAGCUGGUGUAGAGGAGGAUGAAGAGGAAGGGGGAGGGGGGGGAGCAGGGGGAAGUCGAGUGUCGAGUUCGGAAGGAUCGCCCCCUCCCUCCCUUCUCCCCCCGACGUUCAUAUCGGAGCGAUGCUGUUCUGGGGAGCGCUUGCUUUUUUGGACCAUCUCUCCCUCACCGAUCAAAAGACUUAGGAAAAAAAAAGUCAGCCAGGACUAGCAUGCUGUUACAGGGCAACACCACAGCUACACCCCCCUCUCUGCCCUCACCACCAACUCUACUACUAUUACUACUACUACUACUACUACUAUUCUACAGCAUCCGAAUUCAUUACUGUACCUACACUGCUACCCAGCCCCUCCACCUCGUCUCUUCUCCCGGGCCCUUUGGACGGUGCGUUGCUGCCAGGCAGGAACGGAGAGGAGAGAGGCCGGUGGACGCGAGGAAUUACGAAAUAAAAGCUCUUCUGUUUGACACUGCGGAGACAGCAGCGCCGUGAAGUGGCAGUAUCAUUCUUUCCCUUCCCACUUUAUAUCCUUAUUUAUGGUGUCCCUGUUGAUGUGCCCUGUAUGUAUUUUUUAUUUUUAUUUUUUUUGAUUGGUUCAGGAACUCUGCCGUUCCUGUGAUAAUUAACUGUGGUGGCCGUGCAAGCUAAAGGAAAGUUGUUAUUUCUUCUUUUUUUUAAACCAUGAUUUUGUUUUCUGAGUAUGACAGAGAUAAGGGAAUGACUUUUUAAGGUCUUGCUUUUGCACCAUGAUGAAUUUUGCAUGGAGCUGAUGAGGAUUUGCCAACAUUGUUGAACUUAUCAGUUGGGUUACAGGUGGAGCCGCUGGAGAAGUCCCACUUCUCACCUGCUGAAAUAGAGCUGCAUCCGCUGAAGACGAAAUUUUAGGAGAUACACGAGUGUUUGUGUUUUUUUUGUUUUGUUUGUUUUUUAUUUGGGGGGGGGGGCGCUAAGAAAUCAUCUGACAUGUUUGUUGUGCAGUGUCAAGCAGGAUUAAAUGCGGGAAUUGGGACUUCUUCAGUGGCAAAUCAAUGUAAAGGUGACAGAAGAUAUCCUACAGACAAUGUGAUACAGGUAUAUUUAUUUUAAAACUAUUUAUAGAAAAAGUAACUAUCUUCUAGCGCCAUCGUUUUUACAUUUCACACCAUUUUAGCUGAGUAGGUUUUAUGAGAAAAAAUAUGAAAGAAGUACCUGUAGCUGUUGAACAUGGAAGCCCGGAAUUUUACCAUGAAACUCUAUAGACAGGUACAGCGAGUGUAUUUAUUAACAGCAGAGAUGAGUUUAAGAGAGAGAGAGCGCCACAGGACAGACGACUUUACGUGAAAGGUUCAUUCCAUGUGUGUUUUUCUCGAGAAGCUGUAAAGUCUUAAUUGUUUUGUUUGUCUUUUGUCUGCCUACAACAUUGCACUGAUCCUUUUUUUUGUAGUUAUUUUUGCUUCGGCCGUUACUGAACAGAAGGGCCCAGCGGCGCCGCUUCCUUUGUUUACAGUGAGGAGGACGAGGGGCCCGUCAGACAUGGCCGCCUUCAAUCACUUCCUGUCUGGACCCCCACGCAGUCGGCGCAGCGGCAGCAGCAGCAGGAUGGACAAGUGUAAAGAAUGUGCAUCUGUACAUAAAGAUUAUCUUUCUCUGUAACUAUUUUUUUUUUUUUUUUUUCUUUUUCCAUCAGUGUUAGUUGAAGGUGCUCCUGGAUCUUUUUCUUUUUUUCUUUUUUUUUUUGAGUUUGGGGGAUUUCUUCCAACCAAGCAGAAGAAAAUCUAGUGACUAUACUCCAAGUGUAUGACUGUAGCUUUUAGUGAUGUCUGUCACUGCUGUCUAUAGGCAUUUUAACCCUGAAUUCCUCCCUGCCAAGAAACUCCACUGCAUGUACGAUGCUUGGGACAGCUGGGCUCUCGCCGCCCCCGCCGCGUCAAUCCCACCCCAUCGUCAUCACCACGGCGACCGCCCGGCAAGCCACGUGUCUGUAUAUAGUGAAUGUUAAGUAUUUGCAAGUACUUUUCUGCAUUACGUUCAUUUGUCUCUUUUCUAUUAGUUUGUUUCUCUCCAAUCCAGUGUGUUUAGUGGAAGUUGUCUUUCAGGUCGCCAGAUCUCCAGUCGGGCCCUCCUGUGCAAGUUUGUAAUAUAUUUGAAUGUUCCAUGCUUGUGGACUCUGUAGUCAUCCUAAAGGGUUGUUUUGGUUUUGUUUUUUUGUCGGUUUUGUUUGUUUUUUUUAUUUUUAUUUCUGUUAUAUAUCGCUGGGUUUGUUAUACCACUGGAUGUACAAAUUGUAAAGCAAAGACACUAGAGAACUAAGGCAGACGCCAAACGGUUUCGUUUUUGCAAUAGUUUUAAGGAUAGAGGGAGGUUAUAUUAUAUUAAGGCCUCCGAAAACUUUUGGGCCUCGUGUUUGCAUCAUCAGAAGGGGACGGUUAUGUCGUCAUUCUACCCCCACCCCCACCCCCACCCCAACUUGCUAACCACUGAUGUCACUGCCCUACAAAAGACAACACACAGCAGCUACGUUUCGUGAGCUUCAAAGGUCAAACAUCAUGACUCUGGCUGUUAGAUGUCAUAUAUCAGCAGAACGUGCCACCGGUAACCAGCCACUUGUGUUCUAAUAAUGCCUUUUAGUGACAGGAGGUAAACGUGGACUUGAGUUUCUCUAAGGCAGAGUUCAGCGCUCCCAGCUCAUCCAGGACAAGAAUUCAAAGCCAUUUCAGUCCUCACUAGUUCUUCCAGCAGCCUGUUGUGUCUCCCCUCUCACCUCACCAUGUGGGAUAAUAAAAGGAAAAGAAAAAAAAGAUCAAGCACAUAAUCAUCUCCAGUGCCUCUCUGCCCACCUUCAGACAUCACUGUAACUCAGCUUCAGAUGUAAACAUAUGGGCAUGGUUCAGUUUUAAUGGCUUUAAUAAUAAAAUUCAGUCAAAUGUGA